AUGAGCCAGACAGAGGCAGAAGAGGCGCAAGCUGUCGAGCGAGGCAGAAGCUGCGCAGAGAGUCAGAGGCUGCCAAGAGAGGCAGAGGCUGUUGAAAGCGAGCUGCCAAAAGAUGCAGAGUCCUGCAGCGCCUUCUUCACGGCCACGCUGCCGCUGAUGGCCAAGUUUGGCGUCGAGGAGCUGAGCUUCAAGGAGAGAGCCGAGCUCGCCACCAAGCCAGUGGAACUUCUGAACGAGGGCAAGGGUAAAGCGAGCGCGGGGCGUGGCCUGCCCAAGUUAGCCCGCAGUUCUCCGCACGCAUGGUCGACGCUGCGCGGGGGACCCUCAACGACUUCCUGCCAGAUGUCUGGGUCUACACGGACCACUGCAAGGUCAUCGGAUGCAUCUGCUGGCAUCGGUGCGGAAGCUGAUGUGGAUGAGGCAGCCUGGCGUCUCCUGGCAGAGGAGAUCGACCUUGACGGAGUGGUGCCUUGCGGCACGCGUGACAAAAAGAGCUGA